AUGGAGAUUGAAAACCAAUGUGAAGAUCACCAUUCAGAGCAGUCCAGAAGAGGAACUACCUUUUUCAAAACUUGUUUCAAUGGACUCAAUGCCUUAGCAGGUAUUGGUGUACUCUCAAUGCCCUAUGCAUUUUCUCAGGGAGGGUGGUUGAGUUUAAUUCUGCUACUUCUCGUUGCAGUUCUCUGUUGGUACACAGGGCUGCUUCUACAUCGGUGUAUGGAUGGACACCCCCACAUCAAAUCCUACCCUGAUAUAGGAGAGGAGGCUUUUGGGUAUAAAGGCAGAUUCAUAGUAUCCAUUUUCAUAUACCUUGAGCUAUAUCUGGUGGCCACAGGGGUUCUUAUAUUGGAAGGUGACAACAUGGACAAGUUAUUCCCAAACAUGGGCUUUAAAGUUUGUGGCCUAAAAAUUGCAGGGAAGCAAGGCUUUGUGAUUCUCACAGCCGUAGUGAUAUUACCAACCACAUGGCUCAAAAGCUUAGGGAUUUUGGCCUAUGCUUCUGUUGGUGGUGUUCUAGCUUCAAUUAAUCUAGUUGGUUGUAUAAUGUGGGUUGGAGCUUUUGAUGGUCCAGGGUUUCAUGAAAGAGGAAAAAUGGUGAAUUGGGGAGGAUUGACUACUUCCACUAGUCUCUUUACAUUUUGCUAUUGUGGCCAUGCUGUGUUUCCGACCCUACGCAGUUCCAUGAAACAUACAAGCCAGUUUCCUAAGGUUCUGCUUGUUUGCUUUAUCUUAAGCACCAUAACCUAUGGACUAAUGGCCAUCAUAGGCUAUAUGAUAUUUGGAGAAUAUUUGAAGUCUCAAGUGACCUUAAAUCUUCCAGCAAGAGAAAUAAGCACCAAAAUAGCGAUAUACACUACGUUAGUUAACCCCUUAACUAAGUAUGCAAUUUUAAUUAGUCCAAUUGCUAAUGCUAUUGAGAGCAAAAUGCCAUUUCAUAAGAAGAGCAGGCCUAUUAGCAUAAUCAUUAGAACAAGCAUUUUGACAAGCACAGUAGUGGUUGCGUUAUUCAUUCCUUUUUUUGGAUACCUCAUGGCUUUUACUGGUGCUUUCUUAGGUAUUACUGGCUCACUAUUGCUACCUUCCCUGUGUUACCUAAAGAUCAAUAAGGCUGCUCAAAGAUUUGGUUUUGAGUUGAUUAUCAUUAUAGGCAUUCUGCUGAUCGGACCGUUCAUUGCUAUGAUGGGUACCUACAACUCUGUGAGGCAAAUAGUGAAUCAUCUUCAUAAGCCUUGA